UUGAAAAUCUUUUUCCACUCAGGAUUCUUUAACUUGUUAUUCAAUUAAAAUGUAUGGCCAAGGGUAACUUCAACUGUGAAAUUGAUAUUUAGGACCUUGAUGUGCAGUCCUUCCCAAGAACUUGGAUAAAUAUAGAAUGCUUUGUACCUGGAACUGUCUCGUUAAAAUCCAGGUUUAAUGCAUCAGAUUUUUUGAAGAGAUUGAAAGGAAAGAGGUUGAUGCUGGCUGGAGACUCGGUGAACCAAAACCAGUUUGAAUCUCUCCUAUUACAUAAGAUAACCUAAAUCACCCUUGAGGUGAAAAAUUAGAACAGUCGUAUAUCUGAACCUCAAUUCCCAUUUAACUACAAUUUUUCAGAGUUCCAAAUGAGAUGACAAAUAUUUGUAAAACUUCUUUGAGUUCCACAAGAGAUUUAUAGCUAUCUGAUAAGAAGAUGCAGCAAGGUACAACUUUGGUAAUGAAUGAGAGGCAAAGGUUGGCUGAACUACUGAGAAAUUGUUCUAAGAUUUUGUCUCUAGAUGUGGGAAAGCAAGUUCAUGGAGCUGUAUUAAGGAUGGGUUAUGCAUUUGAUUUGAUGAUAGGCAAUGAUCUCAUUGAUAUGUACGGGAAGUGCAGUAGAGUGGAACUGGCUCGCUCAGUGUUUCACAAAAUGCCUGAAAGAAAUGUGGUUUCUUGGACGGCUUUAAUGUGUGGAUAUUUACAACACGCUAGUGCUCAAGAAUCCUUGUUGCUUCUCUCUCAGAUGCUCUUCUCAAAUGUAAGACCCAAUGAAUACACUUUUUCCACUAACUUAAAGGCAUGUGGUAUUCUUGGUUUUCUGGAAAAUGGACAACAGAUCCAUGGGUUGUGUGCUAAAAGUGGGUUUGAAAAGUAUCCAGUUAUGGGAAAUUCAAUUAUUGAUAUGUACUCAAGAUGUGGGGAACUUGGUGAGGCUGAAAAGAAGUUCCAUGAAAUGCCAGAAAAGAGUCUCAUAACUUGGAAUGUAAUGAUAGCAGGUUAUGCAAUGGGAGGAUUUGGUGGUAAAUCUUUGUAUCUGUUCAAACAAAUGCAACAAGAAGGAGAAAUGCCAGACGAGUUUACGUUUGCAAGCACAUUGAAGGCUUGCAGUACUUUUAAGGCAGUCUGUGAAGGAAGCCAAAUUCAUGGUUUUCUUAUUACUAGGGGAUUCGUUAUUUCCAGCCAGAAAGUUAUUGCAGGUGCCCUUAUUGAUUUGUAUGUCAAAUCAGGAAACUUGUUUGAAGCUCAUAAGGUGUUUAGUCAAGUUGAACAGAAAAGUGUGAUAUCAUGGACGACACUGACCGUAGGGUAUGCUCAAGAAGGCAAACUAACAGAGGCAAUGAACCUAUUCAAGCAGCUCAGGGAAAGUAGCAUCAAAUUGGAUGGGUUUGUGCUGUCAAGCAUGAUGGGUAUCUUUGCUGAUUUUGCUCUAGUUGAUCUUGGGAAACAAUUGCAUUGUUGUGCAGUAAAAAUACCUGCUGGGUUAGACAUAUCUGUAUUGAAUUCAAUCAUGGAUAUGUAUCUAAAAUGUGGGUUAAUAGAGGAAGCCGAAACACUUUUUGAUGUUAUGCCAGAGAAAAAUGUGAUUUCGUGGACAGUUAUGAUCACCGGGUAUGGGAAGUAUGGUCUUGGUGGAGAAGCAGUUGAACUAUUCAAGAAAAUGCGUAUGGAUAGUAUUGAGCCUGAUGAGGUUUCCUACUUAGCUCUGCUCACAGCUUGUAGUCAUUCGGGGUUAGUUCAAGAAAGUGAAGAAUACUUUUCAAAACUAUGCAAUUCAAAUUGUUUAAAACCCACAGUAGAGCAUUAUGCUUGCAUGGUUGAUAUCCUGGGUCGAGCUGGACGCCUAAGAGAAGCUAAGGUUGUGAUAGAGAACAUGCCAGUAAAACCAAAUGUUGGUAUUUGGCAGACAUUGCUUGGUGCAUGUAGAGUACACAAGAAUGUAGAAAUAGGAAGAGAAGUUGGGGAGAUUCUCUUAAAGUUAGAUGGCAAUAAUCCGGUGAAUUAUGUUAUGAUGUCAAACAUUUUCGCUGAUGCCCGCCUAUGGGAAGAAUGUGAGGGAUUAAGAGGACUGAUGAAAACAAAAGGUAUAAGGAAAGAAGCAGGACAAAGUUGGGUGGAGAUCGACAAGAAGAUGCACUUUUUCUACAACAGAGAUGAAACACACCCACUUACUAAAGCUAUCCAUGAUUUUUUGUAUAAGAUGGAGAAGAAAAUGAAAUAUGAACUCGGUUACACACGGGAAGUAAGCUUUUCAUUACAUGAUGUUGAAGAUGAAACAAGGGAUGAGAGCCUGAGAUUUCACAGCGAGAAAUUGGCAAUUGGUUUGGCACUUCUUUCUGGUGGUGAUGAAAUUGAGGGGAAGCCAAUUCGUGUUUUCAAGAAUUUGAGAGUUUGUGGAGAUUGUCAUGAGUACAUCAAGGGUUUGUCAAAGAUUUUGAAUAAAAUACUUCUUGUUAGAGAUGCCAAUAGGUUCCAUAAGUUUGAGAAUGGAACAUGUUCCUGCAGAGACUAUUGGUGAUAAUAUAUUUGAUUUGAUAACUGAAUAUCCAGAUGAAGUGACUAUCACCAACUGUGGACAAGCCCUCUCAAGUGUGGCACAACUAAGGAGAGAAAGAAAUCAUGAAGGGCUAUCUGAAGCCUAUCUAAGCAGGAAAUGCUGCCAGAGCUCAAAGAGGAAAUGUUAUUCUACAAAUUUGUCAAACGUGGUUUGAGUUUACUUGUAUUUUAACACAAGCGUAGAUCGGGAUUCAUUUGGAAGUUGUAGUAAAGAGAGUGAACCUGUUUUGAUAGGAGCUAUCCUUUGAAAAUGAAGAUUGUGGAGGAGGUGAUCAGAGGUGACUAAGAAAAGGCAGCUUCCAGUAGUCCUUUUAAACAUAACACAGUUAAUAAAUUUCCGCAAGGAUGGCCACCCAUCAGUGUGUGAGAAGGUUGGUAGAAGGGCGAAGCAAGAUUGUGGUCAUUGGUGUCUACCCGGAGUCCCUGAUGAAUGGAAUGAGCUAAUCUGUGCCACCUCUCCGUAGGAGCUUCCAUCAAGCAGUGUUCAAUAUGUGCACCAAAUGUAAACAGUGUUCAAUAUGUGCACCAAAUGUAACAGUGUCCAUUUCAGUUUCUGCACAAAAAAUAGGCAGUAAUUUACCAAGAUCCAUUGAUUACAUGACGCAAUUGUUCAUACUCCACAUUGACUCAAUUUGGACACACACUUUGGAAAGUCAAUGUUUUUUUUAUCUUUUUGAACUAGGAAUAAAAUGCAUCCAUUAAAGGGCAAUAAAUUUAAGGACAAGCUAACAGCAAAAUGUUAUGAUUACAUUUAAAGCAAUACAUCUCCUUUGUAUUA